ACACACGCUGGAAUACUAUCAAGGACGCACGAGGAACAGGGUCAUGAACGAGUCAUAUAUAGUGCACUACGUGUUGUGCUGAAAUCUGCACACAUUGCGAUCUGCAGAUUGUGCAAAAAGGAACAUAAAAGUCGGAUUUAAGAACAUUAUGCAUCUUAAAAAUGCAGCUUGCGGAUGCAAGCGUUUUCAGGUCUGGUGUCAGUUUUGAUAGUGUUUGUGUGGCUGGGUGGAAACCAGGUCUCGCCCCUCAGACCCAUCUGCGACCUGAGGGUUCUGGACCACUUUGUUCGAGAAGCUCGAGAUUCUGAAGUCAUCAUGCGAGGUUGCAGAGGAGGCUGUGGAGUGAUGAAAUCCUACUUUGUUCCUCUGACUAGAGUAGACUUCGCUGUUUGGGAACAUAUAGACGUUCAGAGUCAGGCUGUGGAAGUCCAGACUGGACUGUCUCUGCUGGUUCAAGCCCUGAGUACAGCGAAGAUAACAGUGAGCAACUCUCCUCUGGCCAGCACUCUGGAUAACAACAUCAGUAACAUCCACAGCCUCGGCCAGAUCCUGCACAGUCUUGAUUUACAGCAGGCCAGGUCCACAGUUCUUCCAGAUGAUUCAGCUCCUGCCAGCUCACAGAUGCAGGAGGUCUCCUCUCUCCCAGAACUUCUGCAGGUGCAGAGCAGUUUCCUGCGAGGGAAAGUCAGACUCCUGCUUUCAGCUGCACCAGCCUGCCAACGGCAAAACAGCUGAUUCGAGCUCGGAGGAGCUCAGGAACUGUUUACAACAGUCAAGCACACACACACAAACCCGGACAAAAACGCUUGAUUGUGACUCGUUCCUCAAUCUUAAAGAGCUUAUACUGUCCGGGUGUCGCUCUUUAAAUGAUCUACUGCAUUCAAAAGCCUGCAGUCAUGUUUCUAGAGUAUGCAUCGUGUGCAGAGUGAAGCAAAACGGUAGUGACACCUUGACUUAUUCAACAAGGCGAACAUGGCAGAAGAACCUGCGGAGGAACAGAUCAGAGCCCACGAGUGGACUCGUUGCAGGCUCAAAGGCUCAUAGCGGUUUGGCGAACAGCUUGUCCGGAUGUAAGGCCACCUGGACUAUAGUACACAUGAGACACUUUUAUUUAAUUAUCUUUGUAUGUUCAGUUUUUCUACACAUCCAUGAAAUGUGCUGCUAUUUGUUUGUUUUUUUAGUAAGCAAUGUCACUUCUGAGUAUGCAUACCGCAGGACACGUCCCUCUCUGUGAGAUGUGUACAUUUAACGGCAGGACCAAAGGUCUGUUUAGGGUUCAGCAGGGUUUGCCAUGUGAACACAACACUGCGAGGCUGCAUACUGUGGUAUGAAGUAUGCUUCCACCUAGAGGACAAAACAACAAGUUUAAAUGAAACUGUACAGUAAGUAUACAUAAAUAAAACAAGCAAUUAAAAUGGUUCAUAUUACUUUUAAAAGUAGACAUAAUUUAGCACAACAUACAAAGAAGGAGACAGGCCUGUCUGUAUGUUUAAUAACCUUUUUAAUGUUGUCCAGUUCAGAUACACAACAUACAGUGUGUAGUAGCCUGUAUAGGAAAUAGAAAUAUGAAUUUCAUUCUUUAGACCCGUUGCGGUCAUACAGUCCCCUCAUCAAGCCUUUUUUUUAAUUUUUUUUUUUACGUUGCUGUAAUUCAACAAAAUGAAACUCAACAGGUGCAAGUCUUUUUUUUUUUUUUGGCGACCAAGCAUUAAUACUCAACAGUUGUGUUUUUUUUUUUCUUUAAAUCCUCUAUAAUACAUAGGCAACCCAGACAAAAAGUAUCACCAUGUAUGUCUGGUGAAAGUGUGCUUUAUAUGUCUGUCAGUUGCCGGUAGAAUCAUCUCUCUCCCUUUAUUUUGUAGAAAAAUAUGAACUGUUUAAAUUCUCUACUUUGAAAUAUAUGCAGCUCAAAUUCACAACAAAGAGAUAAGCCAGAACUCUGUGAAAUCCCACCCUUACUCCAACAAAUCUCCAAUGGUUUGGGUAACAUUAAAUUUCUAAGAACUUACAACCAGGUAAGAGAAAACAAACACCCCACAGUGUCAUUUAGUCCACUGAAGCGUAAUGAAGAACACCCAGGAGAAUGACUCAAACAGCAGGCCUCUCGAAAAGAAAAGAAAAAAACAGGGCUGACUCGAGCGAUUUGCAUCCUACGGCCUCGUAUGAGGAAAUAAACCGAGCUUCUCCAUAUAAACUUUCUCAUUUAACUCUCUCCAACAAAAUAUUCUGAUUAGGGCCUGAACGGUUCCACCCUCUGUUUUUCAAACGAAACAGAAUCAGAUGCAGCCAGCGAUUCUUUUGUCCGCCGCAUUGUCGGGUCUUGCAGCAAAUUUGAAUUCCAAAUGCAAUUAUUCUCAUCAAAUGCGCUCAUUCUUGACUCAAUAUAUCCUCUAAUGUGGAUUCGCUUCAUUCCCGCUUCCCUCAACAUUCAUUACGAUUUAAUGUCUUUUGUCAAAAAGAAGCUUUAAUAUCUGUAAACCUUCAAAUGAAAAUCUAAUAAGGGUCUUCAGAAUCGCGGGUGGAGGGAUGUGAUUGGCUGAAUGAGCUUGCACCUGUUUUUACAGUGGAUACGAUAGGCCGUGAACCCAACAAUAAACAAAAUAUUUACAAA